GGCCACAAAUUCCAUUAGUUAGCUUACUGGGCAAGCACAUUGUACGAUGCGUGAGACAAUGCAUAGUUGAAAACCCUUUCCCUUUCAAUCUUUUUCUUUUUCUCUUUCUCACUUUCAGUUCUCACGAGAAACCAACGCCCCUUCCGCCAUUCUAGAGCCCCAACAAACUCCGAGUUUUCUUCACACUAACAAACACUCACAUACCAAGCACUUGUCAGUUUUUCAGUUCCUCAGGAUCUCAUAUCUGAUUUCCUCUUUCGUUUAACAAAGUCAGUUUUUAUUCUGUUUUUUCGCGAAGUGGUUGCUGCUCUCGCGUAUCUCGCAAUUAGGGUUUUUGUUGCAUCGCUGCAUCAAGAGUUCAUAGAUACCGUCGAGAUUUGCUUAUUUCGUUUAUGAAUUGACGGGAGAAACAAUUUUUUGUACGGAAAUUGUUUUCUCCAGGUUAAAAUUCAACGGAUCUGAAUGGGGAGGGGAGGCCAAGAUUAUGGGAAACCGGAGAACACGAGUUCCGGAGCUUCGGACCGUGAAAUCUUCAAGGCAUGGGCGAAAGACGUGCGUGAGUGCGAGGAACACUUUAAGGUGAAUGUGAAAGUGGGGUUGAAUCACGAGGAGGUCGAGAAUCGGCAAAAGAUCUAUGGAUUGAACGAGUUGGAGAAGCACGACGGCCAAUCGAUAUGGAGUCUGAUUCUCGAGCAGUUCAACGACACGCUUGUUCGGAUUCUCCUCGCCGCCGCAAUAAUUUCCUUUGUGCUCGCUUGGUACGACGGAGAUGAAGGCGGUGAGAUGGAGAUAACGGCGUUCGUUGAGCCUUUGGUGAUAUUCCUGAUACUAAUCGUCAACGCGAUUGUUGGCGUGUGGCAGGAGAGCAAUGCGGAAAAGGCGCUUGAUGCGCUGAAAGAGAUUCAGUCGGAGCACGCGAUGGUUAUUCGAGAGGGCACGAAAAUCCCCAGUUUGCCUGCGAAGGAUCUCGUCCCUGGUGACAUCGUGGAGCUUAAGGUUGGCGAUAAGGUGCCCGCAGAUAUGCGCGUUGUGGAAUUGAUCAGUUCCACUUUGCGGUUGGAGCAGGGCUCUCUGACUGGAGAAAGUGAAGAGGUGAAUAAGAUUAACAGGCGUGUGGAGGAAGAUGCUGAUAUCCAGGGGAAGAGAUGUGUGGUUUUCGUUGGGACUACUAUUGUUAAUGGUCAUUGCUUUUGCUUGGUCACUCAGACGGGCAUGGACACAGAAAUUGGGAAGGUGCAUACGCAGAUACAUGUGGCGUCGCAGAGUGAGGAAGAUACCCCAUUGAAGAAGAAGCUCAACGAGUUUGGAGAGAACCUAACCAAGAUAAUUGGACUUAUAUGUAUUUUGGUUUGGCUCAUCAAUGUUAAGUACUUCCUUACAUGGGAGUACGUGGAUGGCUGGUCGAGGAAUUUCAAGUUUUCAUUUGAAAAGUGUACCUAUUACUUUGAGAUUGCUGCGACGCUGGCUGUGGCUGCUAUUCCAGAAGGUUUACCGGCUGUCAUCACUACUUGCCUGGCUCUUGGUACUCGCAAGAUGGCCCAGAAGAACGCCCUGGUUCGGAAGCUACCUAGCGUGGAGACUCUGGGUUGUACCACUGUGAUUUGUUCAGAUAAAACUGGCACACUGACUACCAAUCAAAUGGCCGUGUCGAAAUUAAUCGCAAUUGGCCAUAAUGUGGACACACUUCGAGCCUUCAAGGUUGAAGGAACCACGUACAAUCCAGCUGAUGGUCAAAUUGAGAACUGGCCGACUGAAGGAUUGGAUGCUAAUCUUCAGAUGAUUGCGAAAAUAGCUGCUAUCUGUAAUGAUGCCGGAGUCGCACAAUCAGAACAUAAGUUCGUCGCCCAUGGAAUGCCUACUGAAGCAGCUUUAAAGGUUUUGGUAGAGAAGAUGGGCCAUCCUGAAGGAUCCAAGGAUAUGCGGUCGGCAAGCACAAGUACCUUGCUGCGUUGUUGUGAAUGGUGGAAUGAGCAUGACCGACGGCUUGCUACUCUUGAGUUUGACCGUGACCGGAAGUCAAUGGGCGUCAUUGUGGACUCUGGUCUAGGAAAAAGGUCGCUUCUAGUUAAGGGUGCUGUGGAAAACGUGUUAGACAGAAGCACGAAAAUUCAGUUGCGAGAUGGUUCUAUUGUGAACCUGGAUGAUAAUGCUAGGAACCUUGUAUUGCAAGCACUUCAUGAAAUGUCAACUAGCGCAUUGCGCUGUUUGGGAUUUGCUUACAAGGAUGAGCUCCCCAAAUUUGAAAACUACAGUGGUAGUGACGAUCAUCCAGCACACCAGCUUUUGCUUAAUCCUUCCAAUUAUUCAUCAAUUGAAAGUGAACUUAUUUUUGUUGGCUUGGUUGGAUUGAGGGACCCCCCUAGGGAGGAAGUAUACCAAGCAAUUGAAGACUGCAGAGAGGCUGGAAUCCGUGUUAUGGUUAUAACUGGGGACAACAAGAACACUGCUGAAGCUAUAUGCCGUGAAAUAGGUGUAUUUACCCCUGAUGAAGACAUUACUUCUAAAAGUUUGACGGGUAGAGAUUUUAUGGAAUUGCGUGAUAAAAAGGCAUAUUUGAACCAGAGUGGGGGCCUUUUGUUUUCAAGGGCUGAACCUAGGCACAAGCAAGAAAUUGUGAGGCUGCUCAAAGAAGAAGGAGAGGUGGUGGCCAUGACAGGGGAUGGUGUUAAUGAUGCACCUGCCUUGAAGCUUGCAGACAUCGGGGUUGCAAUGGGCAUUGCAGGGACAGAGGUGGCAAAGGAAGCUUCAGAUAUGGUGUUGGCGGAUGAUAAUUUUAGUUCAAUUGUUGCUGCUGUUGGUGAGGGUAGAUCUAUCUACAAUAACAUGAAGGCUUUCAUAAGGUAUAUGAUCUCUUCCAAUAUUGGCGAGGUUGCUUCAAUAUUUUUAACAGCUGCUCUAGGUAUUCCUGAAGGAUUAAUACCUGUCCAGCUUUUGUGGGUCAAUCUUGUCACUGAUGGACCCCCUGCAACAGCUCUAGGAUUUAAUCCUCCAGAUAAGGAUAUAAUGAAGAAGCCUCCUCGUCGUAGUGAUGACUCAUUAAUUAAUUUGUGGAUUUUAUUCCGCUAUAUGGUAAUUGGGAUUUAUGUUGGAUUAGCUACAGUUGGUGUCUUCAUCAUAUGGUAUACACACGGUUCUUUCUUGGGUAUUGACCUCGCUGGGGAUGGACAUACUCUUGUCACUUAUACUCAACUUGCCAACUGGGAUCAAUGCUCCUCAUGGAAGAACUUCACUGCUUCUCCAUUCACUGCCGGUGCUAAAACAAUCACGUUUGACAACCCCUGUGAUUACUUUCACACUGGUAAAGUGAAGGCUAUGACAUUGUCCCUUUCUGUGUUGGUAGCCAUUGAAAUGUUCAACUCUCUCAAUGCCCUAUCUGAAGAUGGAAGCCUUUUGACAAUGCCCCCUUGGGUCAACCCUUGGCUUCUUUUAGCAAUGUCAGUAUCAUUUGGUCUACACUUUUUGAUCUUGUACGUGCCAUUCUUGGCACAAGUAUUUGGUAUCGUGCCCCUGAGCUUGAACGAGUGGUUUUUGGUUUUGGCUGUUGCACUUCCUGUCAUUCUGAUUGACGAGAUUCUGAAAUUUGUGGGGAGAUGUACAAGUGGGCGUCGACCAUCAAGAAAAUCAAAGCAAAAAUCAGAGUAGACGUUUUUCUGUAGUCGGUAGAAAAGUUGCUAAAACCUUCAGCGCCAUGGACGAUGAUAUACUAGAGACUGAAGAGGUGGCUUCAUGGCCAAUUAAUCUUAAAUUAGUGCAUUUUAGGCCUUUCUGUAGUCUCCAUCCCAUUUUAUAAUGAGGGAUGGCCGGGCUUGCAUUGGGUGCACUAUAUCUUUUUUUUAAUCUUUUAUUUUCCUUUUUGCCCAGUUCUUUGAACAUUUUUAAGAUUCUCACAAAAAAGGAAAAAACCUUUGAUUUCUUCA